AUCAACGUUAAGAUGGAGGAAGAGAUGGAGGAUCAGCGCAGACUGAUGGACUUUACCCGGAUACCGAGGAUCAUUUUACACCGGAUAGGAGCAUCGAGGAGAGCUGAGCAGGUUCGGGCACGGCGAAGUAACAACAGGAUCGAGACAAUCCAGGCUUGCCAGCCAGAAAGGAACUUGUCCAGACGUUUCGUCUACAGCAACUGAUCCAAUGUGUGGAAAAUGACUAGAGCCGGAGUCCAGGCGUCGAUCUGGGAGACCUUAAAGGGUAAGUACAAAAACACUGGUAAACAACCAGUGAUCACUUAAAGGAAAACAAGAUGUUGUGGGAGGCUAGGGGUUACCACAAUGGUUAACACUCUGGUGUUGGAGUGUUAACCGUCUCUUACACCCUGCUGAUGAGGCCCGAAGAUGCAGAUCCCCCAACUGUGCUCCCUGAUGCCAUCUGGUGGAGAACUAAUGGAGGUGUAGUAAACUUUAACUUUUAUAAAUUUGUAAUCUCUCCCUGCCAGCUCCUUUUUCUUAAACAAUUUUUGUUGUUUACUUUUAACUUCAAUUGGACGGUUUAGAAAAAAAAACUAGUGAUGGGUUUCUGUUGAAUUAUUAACCUCCAGCAGCAGAAAACGAUGGGUGUCUCUUAUCUGCAGGCCUGAAAUGGAAGUGCUUUCCUGCUGCCACCUAUUGACAGGAACAUGAUACUACAACUGCAUUGUUUCAGCUAUGCAGUUAAUUCUGCAAAACUAAUUGAGUUAAUUCAUUUUUCAAGCACAAAAGCUUGUAUUUCAUGCGUUUGAUCUCUUGAAGAUGUUUCUAUGAUCUCUGAGACUGAAUUAUUUUAACACCAAAUAAUGAGUUUAAUGAAAGGUAUGUUUAAUACUUAAACUUGAAGAUUAUAUUCAAAAGGCUUCCUAAAAUAAUGGUGUUUCUUUUUAGAAAACUGUUCUAACAUAAUUUCCUCAGGAGUCUCAGGUGGAAAACGGUAACAGUGAACCAGAUCUGUCAGGAUAUAACGUAUACUAAGCCUGCCUUCUAAUUUGAUUUAGUUCAGCUGUAACUUAGCUAGUUAGGAAGGUCAACAAUCAUCCAACACACUGCAGAUCAUUUUCUUCUUCAGUUGGAUCAGUUGAUUGUGUCAGAUCAGAUAUGCUCAGUUUAAAAUUCUCUUAUUUUGAAAUUAUACCAUGAGGCUUGACAGUGAGCAGUGUUAAUGUUAUCACCUGUUGCUAGGUAACGUCAAAGUGCUUUGAUCAGCUGUGAGAUAACAGGCGGCGAGCGUUCCAUCUCUUCCAUUUACGCUGAAUCUGUUUGUCAGAGAAGCACAAAGAGAAAUCUUUUAGAAAUCCUCUCAAAAUGAAUCGCUUUGUUUACGAUAGUCUUCGAGACAUGGGAAUUUAUAUUCCCAAAGAUCAAGCUGAUUGUUUAUACUGUGGAGACGGUUGGUUCUGCUUCUUCCACCAAGAACCGGACCUCACGGUGAGACGCAACAGACCGACCACUGCAUUUCAAAAACUGAAAAUGGAUCGCUUCCUUAGAGAAACUCUUCGAGAUAUGGGAAUUUAUAUUCCCAAAGAUCAAGCUGACUGUGUCUACUGUGGAGGAGGUUGGUUCUGCUUUUUCCACAGGCAACAACAAGACCGCAGGGUGGACCAACCAGAGGACCUCAGGGUGGACCAACCAGAGGACCUCAGGGUGGACCAACCAGAGGACCGCAGAGUGGACCAACCAGAGGACCUCAGGGUGGACCAACCACAGGACCUCAGGGUGGACCAACCAGAGGACCUCAGGGUGGACCAACCAGAGGACCGCAGAGUGGACCAACCAGAGGACCUCAGGGUGGACCAACCAGAGGACCGCAGAGUGGACCAACCAGAGGACCUCAGGGUGGACCAACCACAGGACCGCAGGGUGGACCAACCACAGGACCUCAGGGUGGACCAACCACAGGACCUCAGGUUGGACCAACCACAGGACCUCAGAACCCCGACAGAAACAGAACCAACUACUGAAGAGACCCUACCGAUUCCUAGUACAAGUUCUUAUAUUGAAGCCAUACCAAAAGGUGAGACACUGACCAGCGAUGAUGUUAUCAGCACUAGUAAAACAUUUGCAGGACUCAGGAAGUUUUAUGCAAGCACCCCAUUAACUUUAGCAGAUCCUGUUUUGAUUGAAAUACCAGAAAGAAAUCCUUUAAUCACCGUAAGGUUGGAUUUUUAUUCUGACGAGAUGAGGGAAUUAAUCGCUCAUAUCAGUCAUCGAGCCUUGACUGAGGCGACAGAAACUCUGGGAGCAGAAGUUUCACCUGACCGUGUUUUUACAGAACGUUCUUCCACCACCGAUGUGGAUCAACAGGUUUAUUGCACCACUUUUAUUGGGUCUUUCAAGCAAAAGGCAGGAAGAGUUUAUCACAAAAUUGAUGAAUAUACUGCAUCUAUCUUUGGAAGAGCUGUGAUGCCGUCUCCUAAAGUGGGCCUGGCAACCGUUCUGGUGAUCCCACUACUGGUAGGUGGGCUCCUAAAACUGACAAAAAGUCGUCUUUGGCGCUAGUUACAGACUGGCAGACAGACUUGGUCACUCUUCAGCUUAUUUUUACAAAAACUGUAAAGAAACUAUUUAACUGCAGAGACCAGAAGCCCAGAGGACACUUUUGGAUCAAGACUAAUUUUUAGACUCCUGUUCUUCCAACCCAGAACUGAAAUUAGACCAGAUGAUACUUAGCAGCCCUGAACAGGAGCAACUAGCUUACAUACUUUAGAUCAACAUUAGAUUCUUUUUCUCUCCUUUUUUUUCUUCUCUUUCCUUUGGUUU